GUUCCGGUAGUCGGAUUGUUUUGGUUGAUGCACACACCAUCCCGGAAGUCGCAUUUGACCAUGCUUAAAAUACACUCACUGCGAUUCUAGCUGAAAAAUAACCUUUUGAAACAACUUGUCUGUGUUGUCACGCAAGUUUAGUACAUCACAGUCUCCAGUAUGAAACUCAAAGAGUUAGAGAGCUGUUUACAGCAGGUGGACACGUUUGAAGAGCCGAAAAUCCUUCUUGAGCAAUAUCCAACCAGUCCUCAUAUUGCUGCAUGCAUGCUUUAUACAAUACACAACACGUUUGAUGACAUUGAGGGGAAGCUAGUGGCAGAUCUGGGAUGUGGCUGUGGAGUCCUCAGCAUCGGGGCUGCGGUGCUUGAUGCAGGUUUGUGUAUUGGCUUCGAUAUUGAUGACGACGCACUAGACAUAUUCAAAAGGAAUGCAGAGGAAUUUGAGAUUUCUAACCUGGAUCUGAUCCAGUGUGACCUGUGUUCCCUUGAGGCAGAGGCCUAUGCAAAAAAGUUUGAUACUGUAAUAAUGAAUCCUCCAUUUGGGACCAAACACAACCAAGGCAUGGACAUGAAGUUCUUAAAGGCAGCUUUAACAAUGGCAAAGACAGCAGUGUAUUCCCUCCAUAAAACCUCAACACGAGAGCACAUACAAAAGAAGGCUAAUGACUGGGGAGUGAAGAUGGAAGUAGUAGCAGAACUAAGAUAUGACUUGCCAGCAUCUUACAAGUUCCACAAAAAGAAAUCGGUCGACAUCCAGGUGGACUUCCUACGAUUCUCCACAGACUGAAGCUCUCACUGGAAUGGAUUUAAGUUGCCUCUGCAUUUUCACUGUUUAUAAUAAAUGUUUCACAAAAAAAAAAA